AUGGCUCCCUCCACACCGCAACCAGCAGACGACUCUCACCAACAACUCCUCGAUCAGAUGGACAUAUACUACGCUGCGAAGCCAUUUCGGAAUCACGACUGGAAGCCUAGUGGCCGCAGAAACAAGAACACAAAACAGAUGAUUUCUGAGUCACAACGAAGAGAGGCUUCUGUCCUCGCAACCCAGAACAACUCCGGCGCAUCGACGCCUGCUCUCGCCACGGGUGCAAUCUCGGAUGGUGCGGCUACACCUUCAUAUUCUGGUGCUCCCUCCCGGCCGGUCAACAUGGCACAAGCAGCACAAAGUCUAAGCACGUUGGUAUUGGAGAGGAAUCUACAACAGGCUACGAAUGGGUUCGGCGGAGGAAUGGGACCGCCGGCCGUGACAUACACCAAUAUUGAAAGCGCACCCAGUUUACAUCCCGCGAACCACAAGCACUACUGCGAUAUCACAGGCCUCCCUGCGAAGUACGUCGACCCUAAAACGAAGCUGAGAUACUACGAUCAAGAGAUAUUUGCUGUGGUGAGGAGUCUGCCACAGGGUGCACCAGACCAGUAUCUAGCUGCAAGAGGUGCCAAUGUGGUCUUGAAGUGA